CGCACAUUUGAUAAGGCGGGCAGCGAGGAAUCAAUGAGCGCAUGUUAUCUUUAGAGCUGCAAAAGAGAGACGGAGAAAGCAAGAAGAAAAAUGGGAGACCUGUACGCCUUGGACUUCGAUGGAGUUCUCUGUGACAGCUGCGGUGAAAGCUCUCUUUCUGCUGUCAAGGCUGCCAAGGUGAGAUGGCCGGAUUUGUUCGACGCUGUGGAUUCCACAUUGGAAGAGUGGAUUGUUGAUCAGAUGUUCAUUGUGCGGCCUGUGGUGGAAACUGGAUAUGAAAAUCUUUUACUUGUGAGGUUGCUUCUGGAGAUGAGAAUACCAUCCAUUAGAAAGUCUUCGGUUGCAGAGGGAUUAACGGUGGAGGGGAUAUUGGAAAACUGGUCGAAGAUAAAACCUGUCAUUAUGGAAGCAUGGGGUGAGAAUAAGGAUGCUCUAAUUAAUCUCUUUGGAAAGGUCAGGGAUGAGUGGAUGGAUGAGGAUUUGGCAGCAUGGAUUGGUGCAAACAGAUUCUACCCAGGUGUGCCUGAAGCCUUGAAAUUUGCCAGUUCUAAGGUCUAUAUCGUCACAACAAAACAGAGCCGCUUUGCAGACACUUUAUUGCGAGAGCUUGCUGGAGUAACAAUUCCACCAGAAAGAAUAUAUGGUUUGGGAACUGGUCCCAAGGUGGAAGUUCUGAAACAACUUCAACAGAAACCAGAACACCAGGGGCUGAAACUGCAUUUUGUGGAAGAUCGACUGGCAACCUUAAAGAAUGUCAUAAAAGAGCCUGAAUUGGAUGGAUGGAACUUAUACUUGGGGAAUUGGGGUUACAACACCCAGAAAGAGAGAGAAGAAGCUGCCAGUAUUCCCAGGAUUCACCUUUUACAGAUCUCCGACUUUAGUAAGAAGCUGAAAUAGUUAUUGAUUUACCAUUGAUGUCAGAUUAGUCAAUUCAUUAUGCAGUACUGUGAUUUAUCUUUACAUAUGCUGGAGUUUAGGUAAAAAACAUUGAACGCAUAAAUUUAUCCUGAAUGUGAACAAGCUCGCUUUAUUUGAACUUUCUGUAUUAAAUUCAACAUGGAAGGGAGGACAAGGAAGCAUAUAUUCUCAAA